UUAAAAGGGCCGGAGAUUGAAAAAUAUUUUGAAAUUAACUCUCUCUUGGAUACAAUUUUGUAAAACCUCUUGGGUUUGGGUAAAACCUCCUGGCAUUCCGGUAUCAUCUUUCUUGGCUUUGCUCUAUUUAUUUUGCAACGAGGGUUUAGCUUUCAGGUUAACUCAAAUAGUUCUUUCCACUGUUCUGUAAUCCAACCGUUUACUUCUAGCCAACGGUCGAUAUCUUGAUAUCCUGUCCUUAGUUCCUUUUAUUUUAGCAUUACAUACACCCAGGCCCCAGCCCAUGUUUGCUGACUAUCUAAGGCGGCCAGCAAAUGCUGCUCUUCAGCCUCGUUUCACAAAAACAACAUAUUUUAGCGAACGCGUAUGUUCUAAUUGAAAAGGUUGGAUGCUGUUGAAAGACAAGUUUUACCGCUGGCGUAGUAAAAUAGUAGUUUACAGUUCUUACCCAUGAAUGAAGGGAUUGUACUCGCUCAUUGAAAACUCAGUUGUUUCUUUAUCCAAGAUUGUGAUAAUCCAUUGUCAGGCAAUAAAGUUAGGGACGAUUGGUGAUAUUUACACUGCCAAUAAUAUUAUAAGUGGGUACACAAAAUGCAGAGACUUAGGUAUUGCUGUCAAGUUGUUCGACGAAAUGCCUCACCGAGACAAUGUUUCUUGGAACUCGAUGAUCGCUGGGUAUGUAAAUUGUGGGAACUUCGAUUGCGCUUGGGAGUGCUUAAAAUUCAUGAAAAGGUGUGGGUUUCAAGUUGAUGGGUACACUUUUGGGAGUAUUCUUAAGGGGGUUGCUUUGAACGGUUGUCUCUUUUUUGGGCAACAAGUACACUCGGACAUUGUCAAGACAGGCUUUGAGGGAAAUAUUUACGCAGGAAGUGCUCUCUUGGAUAUGUACGCGAAGUGUAAUAGAGUUGAGGAUGCACAUAUUGUGUUUCAGUUCAUGCCGGGACGUAAUUCUGUGUCAUGGAAUGCACUGAUUGCAGGUUAUGCAGAAAUGGGCUGUCUCAAAAAUUGUACUCAGUUGCUGAAAUGUAUGGAUUGGGAUGGUGUCAAUCUUGAUGAUGGCACAUUUGCACCAGUUUUGACAUUGCUUGAAGACCCUGAGUUUUACGAAUUUACAAUGCAGCUCCACGGUAAAACUAUAAAACACGGGUUGGCUUCUAAUACUACUGUAUGUAAUGCUACCAUUACUGCAUACUCGGACUGUGGGUCCAUUGAAGAUUCAGUGAGAGUUUUUGAUAGUGCCGGUGGUUCCCAAGAUAUAGUCACGUGGAAUUCAAUGCUAGCAGCUUACUUAUCACAUGAUCAAAGAGACCUUGCAUUUGGACUGUUCUUAGAGGUGGAAAGGCUUGAAUUUGAACCUGACAUCUAUACAUAUACUAGCAUCAUAAGUGCUUGUUUUGAUGAACCACUUCAAAGCCAAGGGAAAUCUUUACAUGCUUUGGUAAUUAAAAGGGGAUUGGAACAGCUAACACCAAUCUCUAAUUCAUUGAUAACCAUGUAUCUCAAAUCAAAUUGCAACAGUGUAGAAGAUGUAAUAAAAGUGUUUGGGUCAAUGGAUGUGAAGGACUCUGUUUCAUGGAAUUCAAUCUUGACAGGAUUCUCACAAAAGGGGUGGAGUGAAACUACUUUGAAUCUCUUUCGACAAAUGCGACGUGAGUCUGUAGACAUUGAUCACUAUGCCUAUUCUGCUGUCCUUAGGUCUUGCUCAGAUUUAGCGACUCUCCAAUUGGGUCAACAGGCUCAUGUCUUGGCUCUAGAAUCAGGCUUUGACUCAAAUGACUAUGUAACCAGCUCUUUGAUAUUUAUGUAUUCAAAGUGCGGUAUUAUCGAAGAUGCUAGGAAGUCCUUUGAAGCAACUCCCAAAGACUGUUCAAUCACUUGGAACUCAAUCAUUUUUGGGUAUGCACAACAUGGGGAAGGUAAAGUUGCACUUGACUUGUUCUUCCUGAUGCAAUCGGAAAAGGUAAAUCUAGAUCACAUCACUUUUGUGGCAGUUCUAACUGCAUGUAGCCACAUUGGUUUGGUAGAAGAAGGUUGCAAUUUUCUGAAAUCUAUGGAAGCUGAACAUGGAAUUUCCCCUAGAAUGGAACAUUAUGCAUGUGGGAUUGAUCUACUUGGGCGGGCUGGGCGUCUAGAGGAGGCAAAAGCCCUGAUCAAAGAAAUGCCAUUUGAACCUGAUGCAAUGGUGUUGAAAACUCUGUUGGGGGCCUGUAGAAACUGUGGUGAUCUCGAAUUGGCCACCCAGGUGGCAACCCGUUUGCUGGAAUUAGAACCUGGUGAGCACUGCACUUACGUGCUUCUCUCUGACAUGUAUGGAUAUCUUAAAAAGUGGGAUGAGAAAGCUACUGUAAAGAGAUUGAUGAGGGAGAGGGGGGUCAAGAAGGUUCCUGGUUGGAGUUGGAUAGAAAUUCAGAAUGAGGUGCACGCUUUCAAUGCAGAAGAUCAUUCCCACUUUCAUUGCCUAGAAAUAUACCGGAUAUUGGGUGAAUUGAUGUCAGAAAUAAAAAAAUUGAAUAAUGCUACUCAUUUGGAUGCUCUCGAUUGUGGCGAUUAAUAUAGUGAUUUAAAAUGCUGAUGGUCCAACCUAAAUCUCAGGAGCUAUGGAGUUAGAUUGAUGUUUGUUAACUGUGAGAAAACUCUCUUCAAAAGCAGAGUGGAUGUAAGAAAAGUUAAGCACAAAUUGGAAAUUUUUUUGCGCAUAAGGGUGCUCCAAUCAGGGUCAUCUCGAGACUGGCAGAUAUCAGAUAACACCUAUCGGAAGAACUGACCGAGGGGUUUUGAAGGUAAUUGAAGUAGUAAUCGGAGUUCGAAAUUGUUUGUAAUUCGAGUUCGACUUACAGGUUGUUGGAGUUCGGGCUUUUCUUGAUUUCGUAUGC